GGAAGAACAUACGGUAGUAUAGCCAUACCCCCGUCCGGAUAGGCAGACCAAUCAACAGUCUUCAACCGUCAUCCUCUUUCCCCCUCGCCCCUCCCGCAAGUAACGCGAUUACAAGUAACGGCGGAACGUGAUCCUGAGUGUGUGGCAUCGCAUAGGAACAGAGGCAACUUCUUCGAGUAGACCAAGAUCCAUCUAAAUCAGCAUUUCCUGCCCCUCUGCAAAAUCCCAGCAACCAGUGAGCAGUAGAUGGUCGAGAAAUUGACAAGUUGAUAAACCUGGGGCGUUUAUCAUGUGACCAGGGAUGGCAUCCUAUUUAGCAAGAGAAGUUCAGCUUGCUAAAAGACAUGAUGAAAUCCUAUCUCAGAGAUCAGUGUUGCUUCAGCAGAUGGAGAGUCAUCUAGAAGACAAAGAAGCUGAGAAGGCAUGGCAAAUGCAAGAAGCUGCUGCAGCUCAUAAAAGAAAUGUCGUACUUUUAAACGAUAUAGAAGUGGCAGAGAAAAGGCUACAAUCAAGAGAGCAUUUACUUCUGCACCCUGAUACUAUUAAUCUUCAGACUCUUUACUGGGCAAAAGUGGAAGAAUCCAUCCCAAAAUGGGAGCCAUUUUUAUUAGGAAGAACAAAUGCUCCUCUUGGGGUUAAAAUAAAGCUGACAAAGCAGAACACGCCUCGCUCCAAAGAAUUUUUAUCAAGAUAAUCAGGAACCAAAAUCAGGCCAGAGUUGUGGGAAGAAUCUACUCAAGCCUCCAGUGUAUUGCUUAUAAAGUGUCUGUUGAAUAUUUACUGACGAAGCACAAUUAAUUCUAAAACUGCACUGAAGAGUUUUAGGGUGCCUGUGUCUGUUAUCUGCCUGUGUGUGAAUUCCAGCUUUGGAAUCAAACGUCGAUGAAACAAUGCAGUUUGGAAAUUCAGCUGUUUGCUUGCUUUGCUAAGAUAAAUAAUGUAAUCUGUUACUCAUCUUUCACAUUUAGAAAGCAGCAAUGCCUUUUCCCAAUAAAAUAGGAAACUGAUAUCAA